CGACGAGUAUGUAAAUACAUAUGGGAUUUUAGAUAAUGUGCAACCUUGAACUCCGUCUGGAUGCCCGUGUAUGCUAUAAAUUCCCGUUGAACUGAACCACUAUAUUCGUUCAUUUAUAUUUGUUUUUGUUCAGUGCGUAAUCAAAUUGUAGUAGUGAUCAGUAUUGUUUUUAGGCUUCCAGUUUUCAGUGUGUUUUUGGUUAAUAAUAUAAGGUAUCCAUUUUCUACGUCGAAGCAAAUUUGUUUUGUCAACUUCAACAAAAUGUCUCAAAGCACCCACUAAUUAUAUCAAAUUGAAAUUCAUCAGGAAGGAAAACUUCUUUUGUAACCGGAAUAUUGUACAUGUACAGUUAAAAUGGUCUACUUCUUUAUUUAUGCAAAAGAUUAUUCGAACUCGACUUGUAAUGACGAAUAUUACCACAUCAACGGAUUAAAAACCCUUGAACAGUUUAUAACAGACGUAGAAAAAAGUAAAAAUGAACUAGUGAAUGCUAAAGAACCACCGGUAAAGUCACGGAUAGUUUACUUGCAUUGGGGACAUAUAUGUGAAGAAGUCGAGGAAGAGACAACUAGAACAGCAUAUCUACAACGUCAAGGCGAUGGAAAGGACACACUUCCGGAGAAGGUAAUCGACUGGUUAAAACUAAACUAUAAUAUUUGUAGUGAAAACAGUACGAUCAAGCUGUUUUACAUAAUCACUGGUGGUAGGAUUCAUGAGAAUAGUGUAAAAGAAUGUAUCAAAUCUAACAGGAACAUGCAUUACGAAAAGGUCGUGUUUCAUGCAUUUAAUCAAGACCUAAAUGAAAUAGACAUUUCAGUAGCAUCAUCAUUCUUUAAAAGUCAAUGCAUGGUUUACUGCAAUAACGAACUUUAUGACUACACUGAUUUUUCCGAAGAGUUUGACUACGACAAAUUCAAUCUUGUGAAUUUUGCUUUUUAUGAACUGAAGUCUUAUAUUGAAUUGAAGUUUUUAAAAAAAAUUAGGAAAGAUGUCCGCGUCUUGAAGGAAAUCAAAAAAAUUAAGAAAUUACGAACUCGACUGCAUGACGAACUGGCAUUUAAAACGGAAGUUGACUUGGCAACUAAGAACAGAAAUGAGUUCAUAAGGGAAUUUGUUCGCACGGAUUGGUACCAGGAUCUCACUUCAGUCGAUGGGAUGAGAUACGGAAAGGAUUAUGUGUGUUUGUCUACUAAAUUUUUCAUUGAUCAAGAUAUCACAACUAUGAUCAAUUAUCUUGUUAGUCUAAAUAAAUCUAAUACGUUUGACGCAUUGAAGAUUAAUACAAAAUUUAACAAAUUUGUUGAAAAGAAGCCGAUCGCUGACAUACAUUUUACUGCCCAACAAGAAAUUGCUUUCCCUGACAUCAAUUGGGAUGAAGAAAAAGGAAUCCCUGUUGUGAUUCUUACCUAUUUAGAUUUGCUGGAGAAAUUUGUUUUUCAUGGACAACGCGGGAGAGAACAACGUGCCGGUUUUCGCAAAUUCAGAACAACUAUGGAAUGUCCGCUAUUUUUGGUGAACGAUAAAGACAUCAGUGAGUCAAUUGGCUCCUUCUACAGUCUCAAUGUCUACAAAGAGUUUUUAGCAAACAAUAUAAAAACUGAACCGCGAACGCGAAGACCAUUUUGCGGUGGCCUUGUGUUGAGAGAUACUGUUCAAUAUGACUAUUACAACGACUAUAUUUUGUCAGCGACGUACUUUAAUUCUAAAAAGGUCAAUUUCAAUGUUGGGUUGUUCUACUACGUGUUGUGGAAGAACUGCGAAAACAAAGAAUGGAUGGACAGAAAUGUUGUCGAACAAUUCAAGAAGUAUGCUAUGCGACGCGUCAGUGAAACGGUUUGCAAAAUUGGGCUCACAACUUUGCAACAAGAUCCUCAAGAAAACACUUCGCUGCUUACUGCAUUGUGGUACUGUGUGGAUCUGUCUUCAUGUAUAUUUAAAGAUGAUCCCAAAAAUUUCACACAUGAACGAAUGAGAAUGUUCUACGACGUAUCGCAUUGCAUGAUUGAAAUUUUGAAAUACUUUGAAUAUGAUCUAGACAUAGAGUCUAUUGAAAAACGUAGAGAACUAUUAAGUCAUGUGAUGACUUUGAAGAGAAUUGAUAAAUCUAGUGAUAAAGUUUACUAUUUGUUGAAAGAAAUCUUCAAAACGGAAGACGACUUCCUGGUUAGCGAAAUUGAAAAGCCAUUCAAUCUGUACAAGCUCAAUUAUUUAAAAUUGAACCACAAAAAUAUAUUGAACGAUAAUGUAAUUAAUGAAAAGGUUCAUUUGAAUGACUAUGUGCAUUUGAUGUAUGUGAAAGCUUCCAAAGUCGAUGAAGAUACCUUCGAAAUUUCUGAAAAGACAUUCCGUCCCAUCUUUGCUGUCGAUCAAAAUAAGUCAUUUUACACGGAAUUGGUCAACAAUACAAAAAAAGUAGUCAUUAACAAUGACGAUGAUCAAGAUAAAAUAAAAUUAUCCUUUGAGCCCAUUGAUUCGCUUGAUUUUCAUAAAGUGUUGUCUCUUUACAAACUGUUUAUAAACUGCGUGAUAGAUCAAGAGAAAUAUCCCACCUUAGCUGAAUAUGUUGACUAUGUUUGCAGGAAGAAAAAGUUUUACGGAAAUUCAGUUACUAUUUUUCCGCCCAAGGUAUUCUUAGAUAUUAAAGAUGUGUAUGACCGAUAUCAAAAUAUUGUGACUAAUGUCGAGGUCAACAAAUUUAUUGAUGUAUGUAACAGUUAUUUUGGUCGAAUUGAACGAAUUAAAGCUGAAGAGAAAGUGAUGUUUAAUAGUGACGAUAAAAUUAAAGAAUUCAUUUCUAGCCAAGAGAACAGAGUGAAAAAAAAAACAUAAUCACAAAAUAAAUUUUAGGUAAAUGUUAUGUUUGUUCGUGAUGAGAAUGAUUGAAAGCAAGUUUAAUAAAUAUAAUGUAUGGCAUUCUCUUUAUAUUAAAAUCACAAUACGAUUAAUUUUAAUAAACUUAAUUUUUUGAGUAGCUAGGUAAGCUACUGAACUUUGUUUUUUAGUAAACGAUCAAUUUUCUGACUGGCGCUUUGGGUUAGGUACCUACAUAGUAAUGUAACAAAAUGUGUUUGUUUAAUAAUUCUAUACAUUUAAUGAUUAAUAUAAAUAAUUAUUAAAAACUGUUAAUAUGUGUGAAAUUAUUGUUAUUGUUAUUUUAUUAUAGAAACCGGACGAGUGCGAGUUGAACUCGCGUGACGAGGGUUUCGAUCGAUGCUAAUCUAUCACUUUUUUUUUGAAAACUGACCUGAAAUUCUACCUAAUUAUAUAAUUUUCAGACUUUCUCGUUUCGUUAAAUAUUUUUCUAAAUUUUAGAUUCGAUAAUUUCGGAGUUUCGCAGAUAAUCGUUUUCAAGUUUGAACUUAUCUUAAAUAAUAUAUUUUAUUGAAUAACUUAAAAACCAUUUAUUUCAAAAUAACGAAAAAAAAUAUUAAAAAUUCAGAUUUAUCACACGAUGCAGUUUUAUUUCGUGUUUUCCAUGUUACCCCCCAAAAGUGCCUUUCAUAUUAAAAAAAAUCAGAGUUUUUCGAAAGCCUCCAAGUAGAAAGCUGACUUCUAUAUUAUUAUCAAAAUUUUAAUUUUAGUAGUUUCGGUGAAUAGGAGGGGGAAUAGUCUAUUUUCUUGAAUAACUUAGAAACUAUUUAUUUCAAAGUUACAAAAAAAAAACAUUUUUAAAGUCCUCUCGUCAAGACCUCUCAUUUGAUGUCUCACAUGAUGCAGUUAGAAUUUUAUUUAUGUGUUUUCCAUCUUGCCCCCUAAAAGUGACCUUCAUAUUCAAAAAUUUCUGAGUUUCAAAAUUUUCCUUUAAAAUCCUUUUACCAAGACCUUUCAUUUGAUGUAUAUCACACUAUGAAGUUGGUGAAACUUAUUUUUACCUUUCCAUCUUACCACAAGUGUCCCCCAAUCUCCAUAUUUAAAUUUUAGCUACCCAGGGUACAUCCGUGUAUUUGAGUCAGAAGAAUUGAUUUAUGUGUACCAAAUUUCAACUGGAUUGGUCCAGUACUUUCGGAGAAAACAGACUGACAUGAAAACGUGCGCGACUGAUAUAAUACGGGUUCCGUUUCUGUACUACGUACGUUCGGAACCCUAAAACAAAAAGGAUUCUUCUUCAUUUUUUAUUCUGUAAUAUGCUGGGCCUAAAAUGGUCGGACUUUUCGUGAUAAUAUCCACUAAAGGUACUUUACUAUAAGUAAAUUAGUAAACAGUCCUGAUAGGUCAACCAAUAAUACAUAACAUUAUGCAAUAAUAUGUAUUUUGUUGUUAAUACCAGUUUCUAAAAUCGUUGGGUUCUUCAUUGAUAGGUAUUUCGUAAUUUUGUGAGGUUUUUCCUGUUGCAUCGACGUUCAAGCCGUCUGAAUACCUUUCUAUUUAUCCGCGUGGUUUACGUUAAAUCAUUCAGUAUAUAAUCGACAACAGUACAGUAUAGAAGUAACCUGCUGGUGUAUUUUUUACAAACUUUUAUUUAAGUACAAAAUAAACGUAGUAAUAACGAUGGUAUGGGUGAUGUCUUGGAAGCUUUGAAUCAGUUCCUUUAAAGUUAUGAUUCGAAUUGUGUCUGGCUUAAAAUAACAAUAAAUUGUGUGAGUUGCAUUAAAUUAAAGUGAUGAAAAUAGUUUUGUGCUGCAGCAAGGAUUAUCAUCUCAUUACGAUAUUCUUCAACGGUAUCUUCUACGUCGAAGCUCAUCGCGUCUAUCGAGCCCACAGCUACUUCAAAUUGGAACCUGACGAACACAGUUACGAGUAAUCGGAAUCUCAGUGGUCAAUAUAAGUUAAAUUCCUUCGCAUUUAAAACUGAAAAAUAUCAGAACAGUGAAAAUGGUCAACUACUUUAUUUACGCAAAAGAUUAUUCAGGUUCAACUCAAUAUAUAGACUACUUCCACAUCAACGGUUUGAAAACUCUUGAACAAUUUGAUACUGACGUAGAAAAAAUUAAGAAAGAACUAGAGAAUACGCAAGACUCACCGGUAGAAUCAAAAAUUAUAUACUUGCAUUGGGGACGUAUAUGUAAAGAAGUCGAUAUAAAGACAACUAGAAAAGCAUACCGUGAACAAGAGGGGAAUGGAUUGGAUACACUUCCGGAGAAGAUUAUCGAUUGGAUAAAACGCAAGUGUGAUAUUUAUAGUGAAAAUAAUAUAAUUAGGCUUUUGUAUAUUAUAACAGAUGGUUACAUUAAUCCGCAUAAUGUAGAGAACUGUUUCAAAUCGAACGAGGAUAUGUAUUAUGAAAAGCUUGUUUUUCAUGCAUUCAAUCAAAACUUAAAUCAAAUCGAUCUCUCAGUAGCAUCAUCUUUCUUCAAAAGGCGCUGCAUUGUUUACUGCAAUAACAAAUUGCAUGAUAACAUUGACAUUUCCACUGAGUUUGACUACGCCAAAAUUAAUAUAGAGAACUUUGAUUCUGAAAAGAAUGACUUAAAAUCUUAUAUCAAAUUGAAGUUUUUGAAAAAAAUUAUGAACGAUCACCGCGCCUUGAAAGAAAUCGAUAAUCUCAAGAAACUGCGCGCACGACUGUUUAAUGAACUGUCAUCAAAAAUAUACGUUGCCUUGGAUACAAAGGAUAGAAAUGUGUUUAUUCGUGAAUUUUUUCGCACUGAUUGGUACCAGAAACUCAUUUCAGACAAUAAUCCGAUAAAGAUUGACAUUGAGAAAACCAUCACAACAAUGAUCAAUUAUCUUGUUAACGAAAAUAAGUCCUACAAAUUUGACGCAUUGAAAUUUGACACGAAAUUUAAUAAAUUUGUUGAAGAGGAGCCGAUCGCUGACGUAAAUUUCACAGCUGAACAAGAAAUUACAUUUCCCGACGUAAUUUUGGAAGAUGACAAAGGCAUUCCAGUUAUAAUUCUUACCUAUCUGGAUCUGCUGGAUAAAAUAAUUUUCCACGGCAAACAAGGGAUGAAAGUACAGGCUGCCAGCUUUAGCAAGUUCAAAACAAUUAUGGAGUGUCCGCUGUUUCUGGUGAACGAUAAAGACAUCAGUGAGUCCAUUGGUUAUUUCUACACUCUCAAUGUCUACAAACAGCUAUUGGCAAACAAUACAAAUACUGACCCGCGAACACGAAAACCAUUUCGCGGCGGCCUUGUACUGACAGACACCGAUGCGUUUGAUAAAUACAACGAUUAUAUUUUGUCGUCAACGUACUUUGAUUCUAAAAAGGUUAAAUUUAAUGUUGGCUUGUUCUAUUACGUGUUGUGGAAGAACUGCGAAAACAAAGAAUGGAUGGACAGAAAUGUUGUCGAACAAUUCAAGAAGUAUGCGAUGCGACGUAUUAGUAAAACAAUUUGCAAAAUUGGGCUCAUAACUUCGCCACUAGAUCCUCAAGAAAACACUACACUACUUACUGCAUUAUGGUACUGUGUUGAUCUGUCUUCAUUCAUAUUCAAACGUUCUUUCCUACAUUUUAAUUACGAAAGAAUGAGGAUGUUUUAUGGUGUAGCACAUUAUAUGAUCGAAAUCCUGAAAUACUUUGACUACGAUCUAGACAUGAAGUCUAUUGAAAGACGUAGAGAAAUAAUAAGUUAUGCAAUGACUUUAAAGAGAAUCAAUAAAAGUAACGACAAAGUUUACUAUUUGUUGAAAGAUAUAUUCAAGACUGUAGACGGUUUUCUGGUUAGUGAAAUUGAAAAGCCAUUGAAUUUGUACCUAAAUUCAUUUCAAUUACCUAAAAUUGAAACCCAAAAAUAUGUUACAUGAUGAUAUAAUAGAUGAAACGGUUCAUUUGAAUAACUACGUUCACUUAAUGCAUUUCGAAGAUUUGGAAGUUUCCGAUAUCGGUGAAAGUGCCUUUGAAAUUUGUGAAAAGACAUUUCGUCCUUUCUUUGCUACUGAUCAAAACAAGUCAUUUUACACGAAAUUGGUCGAGAAUACGAAGAAAGUAGUAAUUUGCAAUGAUGAUGACAAAGACAAAAUAAAAGUAUCUUUUGAGCCCAUCGAUUCCCUAGAGUUUGAUAAAGUUUUGUCUCUAUAUAAUCUGUAUAUAAACUGCGUGAUAGAUCAAAAGAAAUAUCCUACCUUGCCUGAGUACGUCGAGUAUAUUCUCAAGAAGAAGGAAUUCUUCGGUAAUUUGGUGACUAUUUUUCCGUCCAAUGUAUAUUCAGGACUCGAAUAUAUCUAUGGUCGCUAUCAAAAAAUUGUAAGUAAAGUUGAAGUCAAACAAUUUAUCAAAGUGUGCAAAAGUUAUGUUAGUCGAAUUGAACGAAUCAAAGCUGAACAGAAAGUGAUGUUUAAUGGUGAAAAUAAAAUUAAAGAAUUCAUUUCUAGCGAAGAGUUGAAAGUAAAUUUGAAAAAAGUAACCUAGUCUUACUUCUUAAUACCUUCAAAUCGGAAUGAAAUGUAAAUAAUGUUAAUUUAUUCGGGGUGUGAAUGUAGCCAUCAAACAUUGAAUUCAUAAAUACAUAAAUUCGUGUAAUUCUUUUUAAAUUUCCUCUGCAUUUUAAUAUAAGUGACCAAAAAUGUAGAUUGUAAUACGUUAGUAUAUACAUUCGAUGUGUAAUUUCAUAUUUUACUCGUAUUAUAGGCAUUAUGAAUCACGUAUUUAUAACUGAAAGACUGAGUCGUUUGUUAUUGUAUAACUGUUAGGAUUUAUAUAAUUCGCCUACUGUGAUAUUAUUUUAAGAUUUUUGUCUGAAUUCUUUAUGUGCAGCUAUUUGUACAGCUAUAUUGUUAGUUUAUUCUGUUUUAGUUUAUAGCUACAAAACUGUAAAUAUAAUAUUAUCUUCUAAAAUAAAAAAUAUUUUAUAUCUAGAUUAUCUUGUGUGAUCGAUCGGUGAACUUCCUUCUAAUAAACAAUUUUCUGUUA